GCCUCAGCUUGCGGUCGAGCGGGAGAGGAGGCGGAGGCGGAGGCGGCUCCGUCGCCGAGGCUGUUCUGGCUGACGGCGAGGGAGUCGGCAAGGGGAGCCGCUGCCUGCCUUGGCCGCGCUCUGCCUCAGAUAACUGGCCCAGUGCAUCAAGCCAGGGCGGCAUGCCGAGGCAGGGCAUGUGCCAGGAUGAGUGUAAAAGAUGUCAGCAGUGCAGCUUGUCCAGAGAAUGUAACCUAUAUCCUUCAUAUUUAUCCCCAGCUCUCAACAGAACACAGUUCCUGUUGCAGGGUAACAGCAACUAAGGAUGCCACAGCCACCGAGGUCAUUAAGGAUGUUAUCAGCUCCUUGAGUUUGGACAUAUCUAAGCAUUAUGUACUUGUGGAGGUGAAGGAGUCAGGGGGAGAGGAAUGGGUAUUAGAUGGGAAUGACUCUCCUGUCCAUAGGGUCCUGCUUUGGCCCCGCCGGGCCCAGGAUGACCAUCCUCAGGAAGAUGGUUACUAUUUCCUUUUACAAGAGAGGAAUGCUGAUGGGACUAUCAAAUAUGUCCACAUGCAGCAGACCUGUGAAGAAGAGAACCAGGAGGAAGCCCGGCGACUGGUUGAAAGGGGCUUCCUUCCUUGGCAGCAGGAGGAUUUCAAUGACAUGUGCAACCUCCCCAACUUGACAGAGACCACACUGCUGGAAAACCUCAAGCGGCGUUUCCUGAAACAGAAGAUUUAUACCUACGUGGGCAGCAUCCUCAUUGCCAUCAAUCCCUUCAAAUUUCUGCCCAUCUAUAACCCCAAGUACGUCCAGAUGUAUGAGAACCACCAGCUUGGGAAGCUGGAGCCCCACAUCUUUGCCAUUGCUGAUGUAGCCUAUCAUGCUAUGCUGAAGAAACAUACGAAUCAGUGCAUUGUUAUUUCUGGUGAGAGCGGAUCAGGAAAAACCCAAAGCACGAACUUCUUGAUCCACUGCCUCACUGCCCUGAGUCAAAAGGGUUAUGCUAGUGGAGUGGAGAGAACUAUUUUGGGAGCUGGACCAGUGCUGGAGGCCUUUGGCAAUGCAAAGACAGCCCACAAUAACAACUCCAGUCGUUUUGGGAAAUUCAUUCAGGUCAACUAUUUGGAGAAUGGCAUUGUCCGGGGGGCUGUGGUUGAAAAAUAUCUCCUUGAAAAAUCUCGCUUGGUGUCUCAGGAAAAAAAUGAAAGGAACUACCAUGUAUUCUACUAUUUGUUGCUUGGCGUCAGCGAGGAAGAGCGCAAGGAAUUCCACCUCAAGCAGCCUAAAGAUUAUUUCUACCUCAACCAGCAUAACUUGAAAAUUGAAGAUGGAGAAGAUCUCAAGCAUGAUUUUGAACGGUUAAAGCAAGCUAUGGAAAUGGUUGGUUUUCUUCCGGCAACAAAAAAACAAAUUUUUUCAGUGCUUUCUGCUAUUCUCUACCUGGGAAAUGUUACUUAUAAGAAGAAGGCAGCAGGUCGAGAUGAGGGGCUGGAAGUGGGACCCCCUGAAGUGCUAGACAUUCUCUCACAGCUUCUGAAGGUGAAACGUGAAACCUUAGUGGAAGUAUUGACAAAAAGAAAAACAGUGACAGUGAAUGACAAACUGAUUCUUCCAUAUAGCCUCAAUGAGGCCAUCACAGCUCGUGACUCUAUGGCUAAGUCUCUGUACAGCGCCCUCUUUGACUGGAUAGUUCUGCGAAUUAACCAUGCUCUUCUCAACAAGAAGGACAUGGAAGAGUCUGUUACGUGCUUGUCCAUUGGGGUACUCGACAUCUUUGGUUUUGAAGACUUCAAAACAAACAGUUUUGAACAGUUCUGCAUAAACUAUGCAAACGAGCAGUUGCAGUAUUACUUCAAUCAGCAUAUUUUCAAGCUUGAACAGGAGGAAUAUCAGAGUGAAGGGAUUACAUGGCACAACAUUGACUAUACAGACAACGUGGCCUGCAUCCAUUUAAUUGGCAAGAAACCAACUGGCCUCUUCUACCUGCUAGAUGAAGAAAGCAAUUUUCCACAUGCCACCAGCGAGACACUUCUUGCAAAGUUCAAGCAGCAGCACGAGGACAGCAAGUUCUUCAUUGGAACCCCUGUCCUGGAACCCGCUUUCAUCAUUCAACACUUUGCCGGCAAAGUGAAAUACCAGAUAAAGGAUUUCCGUGAGAAGAACAUGGAUUAUAUGCGGCCGGAUAUUGUUGCCUUGCUGCGGAGCAGUGACAGCGCUUAUGUCCGUGAGCUGAUUGGAAUGGAUCCAGUGGCUGUUUUCCGGUGGGCUAUCCUCCGUGCAGCAAUCCACGCCAUGGCUGUUUUUGCAGAAGCUGGUCGCCAAAGAGCUCAGAAAACAGCAGGGGUAGUACGCCAUGGACCCAGGAUUCCUCUUGGGGAACUACAGCAGAGUAACACACAAACUGAGAGAGUUUAUCGCUGUUCAGUGCUUGAUUUCUCAUUUGAUUGCUCUGAGGAUUUUGAUAUAUACGCUUUUGAAGACAUCAUUGCUUCAUAUGAAAGCAAGAAGAAGAGCAGAGGUAUUAAACAAAAGCAGAUCAUCCCAAAGAAUUUGCUGGACUCAAAGUCUUUGAAGCUCAUCAUGAGCAUGACAUUGCAUGACCGAACCACAAAAUCACUCCUGCAUUUGCAUAAGAAGAAGAAGCCACCUAGCAUCAGUGCUCAAUUCCAGACUUCUUUGAACAAGCUCCUAGAAACUUUGGGAAAAGCUGAGCCCUUCUUUAUCCGCUGCAUCCGCUCCAAUUCUGAGAAGAGGGAGCUGCUCUUUGAUGAACGACUGGUACUUCAGCAGCUGAGAUACACGGGAAUGCUGGAAACAGUGAGAAUCCGACAGUCAGGCUACAGUGCUAAAUUCAACUUUCAGGAUUUUAUAGAUCAGUUUCAAGUGCUGCUGCCCAAAAACAUCAAAGCCUCCAAGGAGGAGAUUAAUGCUCUGUUAAACAAGCUGAAUCUGGACACUAACAGCUAUCAAAUAGGAAAGACCAAGGUAUUCAUGAAGGAGGCCACACGACAGGUGCUCCAGGACACUCUACACAAAGAGGUCAUCCGGAAGAUUGUUGUCCUCCAGAGCUGGCUGCGAAUGGUGCUGGAGAGGAGGCGCUUCCUCCGGACUCGGCAAGCAACCAUCACCUUACAGGCAUGCUGGCGUUCUUAUUGUGUCCGGAGGGCACUGGAGAAAGAAAAUGCUGCUAUUUAUAUCCAGUCAGUGUGGCGUGGAUCCCGGGAGAGGAAAGCAUACCAGCGGCAGAAGAAGAGGGUUUGUCUCCUUCAGGCUCUGGCACGGGGAUAUCUGCAGCGCAAGAGGUUUCAUCAAAUGAUCGCAGAUAAAAAACAAGAGGAAAUAAAACAGGAACUUAUAAAACAAGAUAACGAGUUCCAGCCAAAGGAACCCAUCUCGGACCAGAUGGCGGUAGAACUGGAUGUACAGCUGGAUAAAACAUCUGGACUGACAGCAGAAGGUGAUGGAGCUAAAAAUGACCAAGCAGGAAAACAGUCUCCUCUUCUGCCUCAGAAGAACAGCCGUAAAAAACGGGAGCACCGCCGACAAAGGGGGCUGGAGCACAACAAGCUGCAAAACAAGCAAGUUGCUUUAGCAUUUGAGGGGGGUGCUGAAGUCCCUCUUGGGGAAGAGAGCCCACCUUGCAACACAGAAGAGGAAGAAGAGGCUCAAAAGCCCAAGCAACCUGUAGAGGAGGACGCAGUUUCCUCUUCUGAAAGGCUCCCCAAACAUGUUGAGGAGAAAGGAGCACCAGGGACCGACAAUUAUCCCCUUCCUUCAGAUGAUGGUGCCCUGGUUCCCAGUCCAACCCCAGGACUGAAACUGGAAGGCAGGGUGGUCAAAGAGGAUACAAAUGCGCAGGAAAGACUGGAAAAUCCCAAGAUCCGGACCAGCCAAAGCUUCACGUACCCUGAGAGACCCACAGAGCUGGGCCUAAAUCGGCCAAACCAUUUGGCGGCUAACCGGAGCUUCCGAGGCCACACUGAGAAGAGCCAGAAGCAGGCCGCGAAGGACUUAGGGAGUCCCCCCUCUUUCCAAAUCCAGCGGUACCAGGAUGACCCGAGCAAACUCCGAGAUAAGCGGGAGCGUUGGCAAGGAAAGAGGCAGCUGGUCAGCGGACAGAGCAACAUGCUCAGCCAGCCUUUGGAGGAGAGGAGCGGCCCUGCCGAGUCUUCACCCACCCAGUUAACAAAGAAAGAAACGGCUUCUUCCUUGGACAUCCCCAAUGUCACUGUUUCCGCUUCCACAAGCCAGCCAUCUCUGGACACAGUAGAACGUGACGGAAACACCCAGAAGAAGGCCACACCUAAGAAACCUGAGGAGCCACCUACUACCCUAAGUGCAGCGGGCCUCACCUCAGUAUCCAGCCAACAGAUGGAUGCCAAGCCUGCCUUCAAGAGUCCGUUGCGGAGACUCUUGGCAAAAAGGACGGACAAGAAGAGCAUCAAAGAGUAUCCUGAAGCACUUGAGGAUGGCAGUGAGACUAUUCCAUUCUUCUCCUGUGUGCUGCCUGUGGAGCAGAAGGCGGUAGAAGCUCCCUCUGGGCCUCCAAAUCACCCCCAGUUGGAGGAACGCCAGGCAAAAGAACUUGGCAAAGCUAAGAGGAACCGUACCAUUAAAAUCAGCAAAGCCAAAAGAGCACCAGAGAAAUGGAAGGCGCCGUUUCUAAGGGAGAUUGCAAACGCUAGUGAACUGAAAUAUUUGGAUGAAUUCCUUCUGAACAAGAUAAAUGAUCUUCAGUCUCAGAAGUCAGCCAUUGAAUGCUUGUUUUUUGAAGCCACUGAGAAGUUCCGUGGGAAUAUCAAAACUAUGUAUUCCGCUCCUGAUGGGCAGAUUCAUGUUGGCUACCGAGACCUGAUGGAGAACUACCAACUCCUCGUGGUCAACAUGGCCAGACAGAGAGAAGAGAAGGAUGUGAAACUGGUCUUGAAUCUUUUCCAGUCUCUUCUGGAUGAGUUUGCCCGCAGCUAUGCCAGAAAGGAGGAGCCGGAGCAACUCAAGCAAAGCAAGGCUCAAAAAAAGAAGCGGAAACAGGAACACGUGAUUGUGGAACUCAAUGGCCAUGUAUUUGUGAAUUACCAAGUGAACAUCUUACAGUCUUGCGAGCAGUGCUGUUCCUACAUUUGGCCCAUGGAGAAGGCUUGUCUUUGUAGCAUCUGUAAGCUGACCUGCCAUAAGAAGUGCCUGUCCAGAAUCCAAAGUGGAUGCAUGUCCUCACAAGCAAAAAAAGGUGACCAAGACCCAGAGCCACGUCACUUUGGGGUCGGUGUCAGUGCUUUGACUAGUGAGAAGAACUCUGUCCCCCUUGUCAUGGAGAAGCUGCUGGAAUAUGUGGAGAUGCAUGGACUCUACACUGAAGGCAUCUAUCGGAAGUCAGGAUCAGCAAAUCGCAUGAGGGAGUUGAAGCAGUCCCUGCAGGCAGACCCAAACUCAGUGCGGCUAGAGAACUACCCCAUCCAUACCAUCACUGGGAUCUUCAAACAAUGGCUGAGAGAGUUACCAGAUCCUCUUAUGACUUUUGCUCAGUACAACGACUUCCUUCGGGCUGUGGAGCUCCCAGGGAAGCAAGAGCAGCUGUGUGCCAUUUACAGUGUACUUGAACAGCUCCCGCAAGCCAAUCAUGACACUUUGGAGCGGCUGAUUUUCCACCUUGUCAAGGUAGCUGUGGUAGAAGAAGUCAAUCGGAUGUCACCCAACGCCCUGGCCAUUGUCUUCGCCCCUUGCCUCUUGCGCUGUCCUGACAACUCGGAUCCUCUUACUAGCAUGAAGGAUGUCUCCAAAACAACCAUGUGUGUAGAGAUGAUCAUCAAGGAGCAGCUGAGAAAGUACAAGAUGAAGAUGGAUGAAAUUUGCCAACUAGAAGCAGCUGAAAGCAUCGCUCUACGGCGGCUUUCACUGCUUCGACAGAACAAACUGUGGCCAGUAAAACUUGCCUUUUCUUCUCCCCACGAGGGAGCACGGAGCAAGAGCCCCCAGACUGUAGGAGCAAGCAGUGCCUCACCUAAGCUUGGACUUUUGCCAGAAGAGGAGGAAACAGACAACAGGGAGAAGGAGCUGUUGAUGGAACGGAUACAGUCAAUAAAGGAAGAGAAGGAAGACAUAACAUACCGUCUCCCUGAGCUGGACCAGCGGGGUUCCGAUGAGGAGAAUCUCGACUCCGAGACGUCGGUUAGCACAGAAAGCUUGUUGGAGGAGCGCGUGGGGUGUCGUGACCCCGAAGGAAGCAGGGAGCCUGCCACUCAGUGCAUCGGUCCCUCCACCAAAGAAGCGACAGGAUCACCGAAAAUGCUGUUAUUUUCGGCCAUGGUAGAUCCGGUUCCUCCUGUCCUAUCCACAACAUGCAGGCCAUCCUCUUUGCUUCUGCUCAAGGGACACCCUCUUCAUCAAACUCCAGGGGAUGCACAUAGCCAAGCCCAAGCUGUCUUCCAAGACUGAAGAGCUGACAGAACGACUCCCUCCCUGCCCCAAGAACUGCAUCUUUCAAGGAUGAACUGCUCACAGGACGGUACCGAGAACAGUCAUCUCAAAAGUAAACAGGAGAGGCAGUCUCAGUAAGGGACAAAAAGGAGUCACUAGCAGUCAUGCCUCAGGAGCUGCUGUUACACUGCCCUGUUCUGAACACGGACAAGUCCGGCAUUUAAAAGUUCUGCUGCUCAUCAAAAAAGAAUGGUCAUGAUUUGUACCAGGGCUUUUGAACAGUAUUGAGUCUGGAAAACAACUGGUGCUUUUCUGAGCUGCUGGGAUCAAGUAUUGAUAAAUAGUUACAGCUCUGAACCCAUCCCCGCCUUUUUCUGAGAUGAGGCUUGAAAUUUCCUUCUCUGCCCAGCAGUCCACUCAGUCUGGCUUCUCCCUGUCUGCUUGCAACAGGCUCUUAAUGGGACCAAAAAGAGAGUCAAAGGUCACAAUAACUCUACGUUUCUGCUUUAAGUCUCUCUCAGUUUACGACAACUUCCAAUUGGUUUACAAGAACUUUUAAAUUUUUGUAGUAACCAUUUAAUGGAGACCAAAAAUGUAUCAAUGUUUAUAUUAAAACUGCACUUUUUUGGGAAAAAAA